AUGGAAAAACUGACAGUGGACGUGAAACAACUGAUCUACAUGAAGAAGGGAAUUGAGGAGCAGCUUCAACUGAUCGAUCACCUGCAGCAGCUUGGGGUGGCUUAUCACUUUAAGGAGGAUAUUAAGGAUGCUUUAUGGACUAUAUACGGUUCCAUGGAAGAGGUGAGCAUGUUGCUGAAGGAUAAUCUUCAUGCCACGGCUCUUAUGUUCAGGCUUCUCAGAGAACAUGGGUUUGCUGUUUCUGAAGGUGUAUUCUACCGAUUUAUGGAUGAGAAGGGAAACUUGAAAGCCAGCCUUCGCCACCAGUCUGAAGGAUUGGUGAGCUUGUACGAGGCUUCCCAUCUUGCAAAGGAAGGAGAGCACGCGCUGGAAGAAGCUACGAACUUCACAACUAAACAGCUCAAAAGCCUCAUGGAGGGAUCACUUGAUCCUCAUCUCAGGGAGCACGUAGCCCAUGCCUUGGAGCUUCCAUUGAACUGGAGGAUGCCGAGGUUGCAGACCAGGUGGUUCAUAGAAGCAUCCCAAUGGGAAGCGAAGAUGAACCCUGUCCUACUUGAAUUGGCUAAGUUGGACUUCAACAGGGUUCAGAUCAUAUAUCAGAGGGAACUCAGAGAAGUGUCGAGGUAUUUUGAGCUUGCUUUACUUGAAUCAUGUCUUGUGCAAUCUGCCCUCGUUUAUGAACCAGCAAACUUCAGCACAAACUUAUGGCUAUCGAUCAGAUGGUGGAGCAAUCUUGGCCUCGCGCAAAGGCUUCCAUUUUCCAGGGACAGGUUGAUGGAGAACUAUUUCUGGACGGUUGGCUGGGCUUUUGAGCCACAGUUUGAAAGAAUUAGAUGGGAUGUUAAUACAAUGGACAAAUUGCCAGAGUACAUGAAGAUAUGUUUUCUAGCCCUCUUCAACUCUACAAAUGACACCGCGUACAAUGUUAUGAAAGAGAAGGGGGCCAAGCUGGUAUACAGGCUUUGUUUCGAGGUGUGA